CUGUUGUCGUGGCGUGCACCUCCUACGGUGUGCCUGGCCGCUCAUGCCCAGGCUGCACGACCACGUCUGGAGCUACCCAAGCGCGGGCGCUGCAAGGCCGUACAGCCUCUCGCGAGGCAUGAUUGCAGCGGCUCGCUGUCCGCAGGGCCCCGGAGCCCCCGAGCCCGAGCCAGCGACCCGGGGCCAACGAGCGGGAACCACAGGAUGCAGCGCGAGGCCGGGCAGCUGGCACCACGACCUGGUGCAGCGAAGCCUUGUGCUCUUCUCAUUUGGCGUGGUCUUGGCCCUGGUGCUCAACCUGCUGCAGAUCCAGCGGAAUGUCACGCUCUUCCCCGACGAGGUGAUAGCCACCAUCUUCUCCUCAGCCUGGUGGGUGCCCCCGUGUUGUGGCACGGCAGCCGCUGUUGUCGGCUUACUGUAUCCCUGUAUUGACAGUCACCUGGGAGAACCACACAAGUUCAAGAGAGAGUGGGCCAGCGUCAUGCGCUGUAUUGCAGUGUUCGUUGGCAUCAACCACGCCAGUGCCAAAUUAGAUUUUGCCAAUAAUGUCCAGCUGUCGUUGACUUUAGCAGCCCUGUCUUUGGGCUUGUGGUGGACGUUUGAUCGGUCCCGGAGUGGCCUCGGGCUUGGGAUCACCAUCGCCUUCCUUGCUACGCUGAUCACACAGUUUCUUGUCUAUAAUGGUGUCUACCAGUACACGUCCCCCGACUUCCUCUAUAUCCGUUCUUGGCUCCCUUGUAUAUUUUUCUCAGGAGGUGUCACAGUGGGAAACAUAGGACGACAGUUAGCUAUGGGUGUUCCGGAAAAGCCUCACAGUGACUGAGCUUUCGCACAUGGCUCAGAGCGGAGCAGGAUGCAGAGACACUGGUCCUGGGUGUGAUGAAGAUGAUCUUUUUCUCAAUGUUCUAUUUAGACUGGGCUGACGAUAAAUGACUCCUAAAGAUGCGUUCAUGUAGUCUAGACCAGCAUGUGGAGGCAAGGACCACUUACCUAAAAGUCUCACCUCGCUCCCCCACCCUCACAGCUAUCUGCGCUGGAACUCCACCCCAGGCUGUAUGUGGGAGGCGGGGAAGGGGGCCAGUUUCUCAAGUAUUAGAGUUCACUCAUCAUUCAAAGCAAAAUGCCAUAUUUCAAAGCCUUGAAUCAAAACGAAUCACCAACGA